AACCUCCCUCCCGGCUGACAUCAUGGCUGCCUGUUUAGACGCAAACAGCUGCCAUGAUCUUGGAGCGUAGCCUCGUUGGCCUCGGCAAAGCGGACAAAAACUGAAGCACCAUGGAUCCUACGGCAACAAAUGCCCUGGCAUUAGCAGCACUGCUCUUCCUGCCACUACUUCAAGCCCUCUGUCCCCGUCUGGCCCCUGACGUCAUAAGUGGGAAGGUUAUUCCGUGCCGCUACCUAUGCAUCAAGAUCAACUUCUUUGAGUUACCCUCCAUCGUCUUCUCCACAGAGCGGGAUGGAGUCCUAUGUUCGACGCUGCUGCUACGCCGGCGCGGAGUCUGCAAGAACGGAGGCUGCGUCCCUUUUGAAUCUGAGGACCAAAAACCCAAGGGAAUUUUCAAUAGAGUAAUCACAUCCAUCGACAAGUUCGCCUCUGGUUCCUUCAGAAAAACCGUCCCUGGACCGGAUGCACAGUUUGGACCCAUCGUGACCAUUAGCCCUUCUCUGGUUGGCGGUGGUUCGAAGGACGCCACCGGGGGAACGUCAGAGCCUGCAAGUGGCCUCUCCCCCAGCUCACCAUCCGCAGGUGUCGGGUCGGCUCCCGUGGUCAAAGCUGUAAGCUCCACACUUAAAAAUAUCUGGACGCAAGCGUUUCCACUUAAUCUCAGAGCACCACCUCGGACCCGGCCCUCCGCGUCCGGUAAAGCACCCUCCAACGCCCCUGAUCAGACAUUAGGUGGAGUGACACCUGGUGGCAGCAAUACAGCAAGUGUUGUCGAUAUCGGUGCUGGUCCACCAGCUGUCCCACCACUGCUGGCAGAGGGCAGCAACAACGCAAGCCUGGCCUCGGGGACGUCCCAACGAUCGAAACUUUUUGGGUCAAUGCCAGGACUCGCGUCAACAUUAUCCUUACGCAGGGCGAUAACGACACUGCGAGGCAAAAAUUCAGUAUCAGGCGUUACUUCGGGGAGUCCGAGCUCCCCCGUAGGUGGAAUAAACUUGGUAAGUGCAGCGGGUUUUAAGGAAGCAGUGCCUGCAAUAGUGGUAGCAACGUCACGACCAAAUGCCGUCAGCACUGAUGGAGGUCCACCAACGGUUCCUCCACUGAUGGCACCGGGAAGCAACAACGAAGGACCUGCCUCAGAGACACCGCGAGUGCCGGAGUCAUCUGGAAUAUUGUCAGGACUUAUAUCAACAACAGGAUUAGGUGGCAUACUAAACACAUCGCACGACAAGAAAUCGGGAAUAGGUCUUCCCGCAGAGAAUGCGAGCAUUCUCGCAGCUGGGAUAAGCACUGGAAGCGCCGCGGUCACAAACGAAGGUGUGUCUGGAACAGUAGGUGGAACGCCGAGACUAAAUAUGAACUUAGGAGGUGGACCAUCAAAGGUUGCACCAAUCACGCCACAAGGCAGUGGUAAUGAACACAUGGUUCCAGAAACAACCCGAGAAUCGGGAUUUCUUGGAGGAAUAUCAAGGUUUCGGUCAAGAUUAGCGGUAAAUAGUGCUCUAAAUAGAUGGAAAAGUAAAAAGCAUGAACCUGGUGCUGCUCCUGAACGUCCGAGCUCUACUGCAGGUGGAACAAAUGCGGGAAGUGUAGCAGUAGUCAACAGAUCUGUGUCUGGGGCAGUUGGAGAAACGUUGGGAGGAAAGGCUGUAAACAUUACUGGAAGUCUACCAGUCUCACCAAUGAAUGCAAUGGAGAACAACAACAGAACGUCGGCCUCAGAUACACCUGGAGGAUUGGAGUCACCUGGACUAAUGCCAGUACUCACGUCAACAACCGGCUUAGAUAGCGCACUGAAGACAUCGCAAGGCAAGGAUUCGAGACCUAGUGUUGCACUAGAAAGUCCUAAUUCUUCCGCAGUUGUAAGAAAUGGGGGAAUCGCGGGGGUAAUUCAUGAAUCGGUCCCUAGAGCAGUUGAUAAAGCAAUGGGAGCAAAUGAGAAGUUUAGAGAAGCUCUACCAACUGGCGCACCAAUGACGCCACCGAGCAGCCAUAGCACAAGCAUGGCCUUAGAGGCGUCCCGAGGGGGACUGUCGCCUGAAGUGAUAUCAACACUGCCGACAAAAAUAACGUUAGAUGGUGCUGGAAAGAAACCGCAAGAUGAGAAGUCUGGAUCCGGUGUUGCUCCAGUCAGUCUGAAUUCGCCCGCAGUUAGCACGAGUGGGGCAAUGGCAACGGUAACGACUGCAGGAGCAUCUUCACCGUCUGUAGCAGCCGGCGGGACUUCGCUAGCACCUGUCGUCGAAUUCACUGGACAUCCACCAACAGUUCCACGUUCGAUCGAAAAUGAAGCACGCAGAGUAUCAGAGACGCCCUCAGAGAAAACGGAAGGGUCUGGUUUGCCCUCUGGGAUACGCGGAGGGCCGACGACUGCGACGCCUCCAAUUUCGGGGCCCUCUGGUUCAGCCAUGAUAGAUAAAGCGCCGAGACCACCACAAACCGCACCGGGACACGCGACGCCGGUUUCCCCUUUACGAGCCGGAGCACCUCAUACCCCGAGUCUAGGCUUACCCGCACGACGCUUAUUUGGGGGAAUUGCAAGCGCUGCGAGUGCUCUAGCACGUGCUAAGGAAGGCCGAACAUUAACACGGACAAGCACGAACGGAGGCUCGCAACCAGGCACAACAUCACCAGCUUCUGAGCACCGCGAAACGCGUAUGGAAAGCGACCAAGCAGACAAAAAAUCAUCAGACUCAUCAUUAAAGGUUGAAACUCCCCGCGCACCUAUCAGUGCCCCAAUGAGCGGUGAUUCCUUAAUGCCAAGGAGAUUCAUUAGCAAUUUCCUUGGUAGGAGGCGUUGACGCAGUCUCAAUGCAUAACGCAUUCUCGCAACUUACAUGGAAACAAAGACAGAAUAAAGCUUACAGCGAAGCUUUGUGUAUUCAGUGAACCUUCCAGUCGGAGAAAUUAUCCUAUAUACCCUCAUUCGUUUUACAACCAAACAGAUCUUUUAGAAGAAGCCCAUGGCACAAAUGUCAACUUUAUCAUUUCAACUAGACAAUUUGAACAGGCACAAAUAUAGCUUCCACGAACAAUAAAUGCACGUUUAUAUAUAA